AUGCAUCUGCAGAGAUUCAUUGAGGCACUUGAGUUGAUGGCCCUGGUUGAAAGAUCUUCCAUGGCCUCAGGUGUUGCCACCGAUGAUGUUGAGGAUGAAGAUGCUGCAAGGCACUUCUGGCUUUCUCUGAGCUUUUCAGGAAGGAUCUUCCUGCAGCUAUGCUCUUUUUGGACGAUUGAAGAAGCCACAAGAGACAACCAGCUUGGAAUGAAUCUCUUGAAAGCUCUGUGGCCAAGGGGUCAGCGCCUGGCUCAUCGGGCGGGCACAAGCUCGAGUCUGACCAUGGAGGAGAUGCUAAAGAGGAUCAGGAGCUACCUUGUGCCGCACUCGGACAAGGCCAUGCUGGAUCCGAAGCAGAUCCCUCAGACGCAGGCAGAGCUCCCAGAGCGAAGGAUGCAGGACUCGUUCUGUGAGGUGGUCCUCCCACUCGGCUCGAACAAGGACCUCCAUCCCCGGUAUCUGACCAAGGCGGGAGGGGUGCGCAUCGGUCGGCUCCUGGAGGACAUGGAUGUCUUUGCUGGCUGGGUUGCCCUCCACCAUCUCCUUGACAUGAAGGCGAUCGAGACUCGACCUCUCCCAUACAGUCUGGUCACGGCACUUGUGGACCAAAUCAGGUUUGUCAAAGGGAGGAUCUCCCCAGACAGGGAUUUGAGACUGAGUGGGCAUGUCAGCUAUGUCGGCAAGUCGUCACUCGAGGUCAGUCUCGCUUUGCACCAAUUUGGAGAGAAGCCUUACCCUUGGAACUUGAUCACCCAUGCAUUGUUUGUGAUGGUGCUGCGCGAUGUCAUUCGGGACCGGCCCGUUCCUGCAAACCCUCUGAGACUGGCAAGUGACUUGGAACUGAAGCUGUACAACCAAGGCAAAAACAAUGCCGUGAGACGCAUGACUGAUACAGAAGAGUCGCUGCUACGAAAGCCUCCGACAGAACAGGAACGCUUCAUCAUCCACGACCUCUUCCUCCAAACGUUAAACUCGGAGAAGCACACUUUCCAGUCCCGCGUGAGACCUCCCGGUUACAUCUGGAUGGAGGAUGCCAAACUGAAGAAGGUCGUCAUCUGCCAUCUGGAAGACCGCAACCAACUGGGCAAGAUCUUUGGCGGGUUCAUCAUGCGCCAGGCGUUCGAACUGGCUUGGGCCAAUGCGUAUGUUGUCAGUCGACAGGCACCCACGAUCGAGUUCAUCGACGACAUAUGGUUUCGUCGCCCAGUGGAGGUCGGGUCCUUGUUGUACAUGGCAUCCCAAGUCGUAUUCACUGAGGGCUGCUGUAUGCAGGUGCGGGUGUGCGCCCAGGUGGUGGAUCCGGAGUCAGGUGAGCAGCAGGAGACCAACACCUUCCAUUUCACCUUUGUCGUGUCCAAAGAGGUGGACCAAAUGCUGCCCAAGGCAUAUCAUGAGUCCAUGCUGUACCUGGAAGGCCGGCGGCAUUUUGUGUCCCGCAGCGACCGUCAAGAGGAGGAAUAUUGUGGCUUUGCUUUUCAUGGACAUUUGGAAAAAGCCACAAGAGACAACCAACUUGGAAUGAAUCUCAUGAAAGCUCUGCAGCUGAGGGGUCAGCAUCUGGCUCGUCGGAUGAGCACGAACACGAGUCUGACCAUGGAGGAGAUGCUGAAGAGAAUCGGGAGCUACCUUGUGCCGCACUCGGACAAGGCCAUGCUGGAUCCGACGCAGAUCCCCCUGACGCAGGCAGAGCUCCCAGAGCGAAGGAUGCAGGACUCGUUCUGUGAGGUGGUCCUCCCACUUGGCUCGAACAAGGACCUCCAUCCCCGGUAUCUGACCAAGGUGGGAGGGGUGCGCAUCGGUCGGCUCCUGGAGGACAUGGACGUCUUUGCCGCGUGGGUCACCCUCCACCACCUCCUCAACCCAAAGGUGGACGAGUCUCAGCCCCUUCCGUACACCAUCGUCACUGCUUUGGUGGACGAAAUCAGCUUCAUCAAAGGGAAGGUUUCCCCAGACAGAGAUCUGAGACUGAGUGGGCACGUGAGCUGGGUCGGCAAGUCUUCUGUUGAGGUGAGCCUUGCUUUGCACCAGUGGGGACAGGAGGGGCAACCAUGGAACUUGAUCACCCGUGCUCUAUUUGUGAUGGUGCUGCGCGAUGCCAUCAGAGACCGGAGUGUUCCUGCAAACCCACUCAAACUUGGAAGUGACAGCGAAAUUCUACUGUACAAACAAGGCGAGGCCAAUGCCUUGAGGCGCAAGAACACCAGAGAAGAAUCUCUGCUUAGGAAGCCUCCAAAUGAGCAGGAGCGCAUCAUCAUUCAUGACCUUUUCCUUUCCACACUCGAUCCAUUGAGGCACACCUUCCAGUCCCGUGUUAAACCUCCAGGGCACAUGUGGAUGGAGGAUGCCAAGCUGAAGAACGUCAUCAUCUGUCACGCAGAGUUCCGCAACCGUUUCGGCAAGAUCUUUGGCGGGUUCAUCAUGCGCCAGGCGUUCGAACUGGCAUGGGCCAACGCAUAUGUUGUCAGCCGACAGGCGCCCACGAUCGAGUUCAUAGAUGACAUUUGGUUUCGUCGCCCAGUGGAGGUUGGAUCCCUGUUGUACAUGGCAUCCCAAGUCGUAUUCACCGAGGGGUGUCACCUACAGGUGCGGGUGAGUGCGGAGGUGAUGAAUCCAGUCGAUGGUCAAAAGGAGGAGACGAACGUGUUCCAUUUCACGUUUGUCGUACCAAAAGAGGUGGACAGAAUGCUUCCAAAGGCAUAUCAUGAGUCCAUGCUCUAUCUGGAGGGUCGGCGGCAAUUCGUUGCACGUUGUGAGAUGUGGGCCUUUUUGGGCCUUCCAGCUGUGAGUGGCUUCACAGGAGCCCUCUUCGGUCUCCUCGUGCUGUUUGUGAUCUGGAUGUUCCUCAACUCCGACAAAUCGGUCGGCAAAAGUGCCAGUGAGUCGUUUGAGAAAGCAGAGCCUCCCACAGGACUAGCAGAGUCUCCCACUGGAAAAGUAGAGGCUCCCACAGAAAAAGUAGAGGCUCCCCUAGGACAAGAACAGGGCAAGUCAAAGGUGAAGAAGGCCAAGAAAUCUUGCUGCUCAGAUGGAGGCACUUGCUGCAGCAAGAAGGAUGAGAACCUGGUGAAGGUCCUCCCCAGCAUCCAGCGAGUGCUGCUGCUGUAUGGGUCUCAGACAGGCACUGCUCAGAGAUUCGCCGAGGAGCUGUACGAGUACCUGGGGAGCUUGGGUCUCGACAUCCAGAUCCACGGCAUGAAGGGGUUCGACCCGGAGGAUCGGCUCGUCGACGAGGUGCGGAUCAUCGUUUCGCGAUGCGGAUCUCGUGCGUGUUUGGCCGCUGACGGUCUUCUCGAGGGGACGGCGUUCCUGUUCCUCCUGUCGACCCACACGGACGGGGGUCCUCCGGAGUCUGCGGAGUGGUUCCACCGGUGGGUGGUGGAUGCGGCCGAGGACUUCCGGGUGGAUCACACCCUCCUGCAGGGGAUGGUGUAUGCUGCUUUCGGCCUCGGAAAUUCUGCCUAUGGACCCGACUUCAACAAGGCAUCCAAGGACCUGGAUAUGGCACUGGUGAAGCUGGGAGCCAAGUACUUCGUUCCCCUGACCCUGGGAGACGAGGACGGGACGGCCAGUGCGAACGGAGGCUUGGACGAGGACUUUGCCGAGUGGAAGAAACGGGUCCGGGCCGCCCUUUUCGGCAGCAAUGAAGCCGGGAACCAAAAGAAGAAGAAGGACUCGGGGCACCAAUGUGGCUGCGGGAGCAAAGACGGCAAGGGGGGCGGCGACGGCCACCAGGCAUCCCUGGGAAUCAGUUUGGCUGGCAGAUGUCAAGAACUGCUGUCUCGCCUUGUCUCUUUCAAUCUUUCCUCCAUAGCAGUGGUUGUUGGGAAAAGAUAUCGAGUGACUUGGGGCGAGGAGGUCCUUAGUCGUUGUUGGUCGAGGUGGGAAACAGUGCUCUUGGUUUUCAAAGCCAUCAGCUUUGAGUAUCCUUGGCAGAGCGGGAGCUGCUCGUCGGAGUGUUCGUCGGACGAGGACGAAGGGAAGGAUGAGAAGGGAGGAGGGGAGAAGGUGAUGGACAUGGAGGACCUGGGCUCUUACAUGUCGCAGCUACUUAGCUCGAAGAAAGGGAAGCGGACGAUGGGGAAGCGAACGACGCCGGAGGGUCACGGGGAGAACGGGGUGAAGGAGAUGAUCACCCCGGAACUGAGGGAGGCACUCACCAAGCAGGGCUACCGGCUGGUUGGCACCCACUCUGGGGUGAAGAUGUGUCGCUGGACCAAGGGUCUGAAAUUUACGUUUGCACUCUCACACGAUGCAAACUUCUGCUGGCGCCACCACUCGAACCCCGUCGGGACCGAGUGGCGCUGGAAGACGGACGACCCCGAGGACAUCCUCAGCGACGCGCUGCAGCACCACUACGGCCUGAUCCGGCAGUUCAAAGGGGUGCCCGGCGUGAAGGCGGACCGGAUGGAGGAGGGACUGGCGGCGAAGCACUGCGCGCUGUCCCUGGUCGGGGAGCCCAUCAUGUACCCGCACAUCGAUGCUUUCCUGCGGCUCCUGCAUCGGAGGCGGAUCUCGUCCUUCCUGGUCACCAAUGCGCAGUUUCCGCAGCCCAUGAGGUGGGUCCCCGGACCGAGAAAGACGGACUCACUUUGUCUCUCCGUUAAAACCGAAUCCAGGGAGCUGUCACCGGUGACGCAGCUGUACGUGAGCGUGGACGCGGCGACGAAGGAGCGACUGAAGAGCAUCGACCGACCCCUGUUCAGGGACUUCUGGGAGCGAUUCCUCGAGUGCCUGGAGGUCCUCAAGGACAAGGGUCAGAGGACGGUCUACCGACUCACCCUGGUCAAGGGCUGGAACGACGAGGAGAUCGAGGCCUACGCCCGACUCGUGAAUCUCGGGUCUCCCGACUUCGUCGAGAUCAAGGUGGGUCUUCUUAACCGCUCGGUGACCGUACGUUACCGAGCGGGCGUGACGUACUGCGGGACGUCGAAGAACGCCACGGGGGGCCUGACGAUGGAGCACAUCCCCUGGCACGAAGAGGUGGUCCGGUUCGUCGAAGCCCUCCAGCGCCACCUGGACGAGGACUACGAUUUCGCCUGCGAGCACGAGCACUCCAACUGCGUCCUGCUUGCGCAUCGCAAGAGCGUGAGAUCUGUGCAUCGGAUGUUGCAGUUCCGAGCGAACGGGGAGUGGCAGACGUGGAUCGACUACGACAAGUUCCAGGACCUCGUGGAGGAGUACUACGAAUCCGGGGGUUCCAAGUCCUUCACCUCUCUCGAUUACACGGCCCGGACCCCCCCGUGGGCCCUGUACGCGUCGGCGGAGAGGGGCUUCGACCCGCGGGAGACGCGCCACCGAGGAAAGGGCAAGGGCAAGGGCCAGAGGCCGAAGGACGGAGGCUGCUGAAUCCGAUGGACGACGACGUCGCCCUCCUUGUGGCGUGUCGGCCGACGGUAGCGGCUGGGGACGCCUGCCUCGUGUAGCCUGUAGCGUUCCCCCCCUCGACUUCAAUGUUUGGAGAUGGUGACCUCGAUAGUUGUGAG